GAGACAUCGUUAGAACAGGAACGUGUGCUGUCAGUGUAGUGACAAUUUUGCAGCCAUGAAGAUUGACCCAGCGAUCAUGAUUUUCGUAUUCCUGAUAGGAUCAGCAACAUCGCGACGCAUGCAUCCGCUAUCCGAUGAACUGAUCGAUUACAUCAACUCCGAACAAACUUUGUGGAGAGCAGGCCGAAACUUCCCCAGGAAUACACCACUAAGUUACCUCAAGAGGCUUUCCGGGACUAUAAAAGAAGACACAAGGUAUGGCAACAGUUUUGCUGGGACACCUCCACGAUACAAACAUAUCGAUAAAUGUAACUUGCCAAUUAUUUUCGACGCUCGAGUUGAAUGGGAAAAUUGCCCAUCUUUAUGGGAUAUUAGAGAUCAAGGAGCUUGUGGGAGCUGUUGGGCCGUGUCCGCUGCGUCUGCCAUGAGCGAUCGACUCUGCAUCGGGUCAAAAGGAAGAAAGAAAGUUUAUUUGUCGGAAAUUGACGUUAUAAGUUGUUGUAUGUAUUGUGGUAGCUCAUGUCAGGGGGGUGUAUUAAGCAAAGCAUGGCAGUUCGCUCAAAAUAAAGGAAUCGUCUCAGGUGGCAAAUACGAUUCAGGAAAAGGAUGUAGACCUUACACAAUCCCGCCGUGUGUUCAUAUUAUGACCAAUUUUUAUAGUCCCCCAAUUUGUGGUCAUGAUGAUGACCAUUUUAAUACAAUAUGUACAGAAACAUGUCAAAGAAAUCAUAAAAUAUCAUACAGGAAAGACAAGGUGAAAUUACGUUAUUUUUAUAAAAUGACCAAUGAAACGCAAAUAAUGACAGACAUUUACAUGAAAGGGCCUGUUACGACGUCAUUUUAUCUUUGUGAAGAUUUCUUUAAUUACAAAUACGGAGUAUACAAGUAUACAGGCGGUAAAGUGUUAGGACUUCAUUCCAUUAAGCUGCUAGGUUGGGGCGAGGAACGCGGAGUCGCUUACUGGCUGGCAGCAAACUCUUGGAAUGAGUAUUGGGGCGAUAAGGGAUUUUUCAAAAUCAUACGCGGCAUCAAUCACCUUGGUAUAGAAAGCAUGGCGUAUGCUGGUGUAUUUUCUUCAUAUUAAUAUCGACAUUAGUCCUACGGUGUCGGUGUUGCCUAAAACUAAGUACAUAACUUGUAGGCAUACACAACUGGUGAUUAUUGUUUUAAGCAACUGAAAAAGUGGUUAUCAGUUAAUUAAUUCAUUUUAUAUUAUCAGCAUUA